AUAGCAUGCAUGGCUGUAUGCAUGUAUGGGCAUAGAAUGUCUGGCUGUUUACUGUCUUAUUUACUGUCUUAAGAAAUCAAUGUGGUCGGCGUGAGUUUUGCCUACUCUCGUUUUUUUAUAUUUCUGAGUUUCAUCCCAUGUUCCGCACCAAACCUGAAACCCCAAACGCAAUAUCCAACACCAUAAGUGCAUAUAAACAAAUUAUGUGGUCCACUUUUGAACGUCGUACAGCACGCGCUGUCUGUUGCAGCCGCAAGACAAAGAACAUCUUCCAACACCAUUUUCUAUUGCUUGUUGGAACAUCUUGCGGGGACAGAUUUCUGAUUGCACGGCGUUACCACUGUUCUCUAAUUUGGAUAUUGGGAACUCCAACUAUUAGGCUAUUUGCGAUGGUGCAUGUGUUUGUUUGAUUGUUGUUUGCAUUUGAGGGGUGUGCAUGGGUUUGAUAAAUACUGUCUGUUUCGAGGUGUGCCUGCUGCUCCUAGUCCCCAUGUGCAUAGUGCGUGUGGCAGCAAAUGUGAUAAGGCGUGGAUUGUGUCUGCUUCGGAUGUGCUGCUUAUAUGCAAGGUGUUGCAAUUUGAGGUUGUCAUCGUGCGUGGGGCAACUCUGUUGUCAUUGCGCACCCCAUCAAUCUCUGUUGCAGCAUUGACGCAUAUAUGCAAACGUUUCGUAGCACUCACAAUCCUAUCGUACUUGCAUGUUCACUCCAUCACUUCCUCGCGUCACCACGUAACCACUAGUUCAUGCGUACAGAGUUGGAUGCAAUGGCGGUUGGAAUCGAACAACAGACGAGCAGUUUCUAAGCGGUGGAGCUAGCGGCCACGUAUUGCGAAUUUUAGCGCCAGACUUACGUUGUGGUCUUCGAAACGUCGUUUGUUGUCAGAUUGUUCUUUAUCCUCCGCCUUUCCUAUGAUAAAACUUUCCUCGCAUUGUGACCCACAUUCCUCCUUUUCGCGCAUGUUCUUUUCAACUGACCGGACAUCUCCGUCUGACUCCUCCUAAACGGACGUCACCAAUCCUAGCAGCCGACCGCUCUUUCGUACACCUAGUCCUUCGACGACAGAACCUUUUUAUAUUAUAAACCUAAUAUCAAUUAUGGCCACCCGGAGGAUUCAGCAGCAGCAGCCACGUCAGCAACAAGCCAAUAUGACACCCGACAGGCCUCGUCGCAUUAUGUCACCGUCACCCUUUCCCCCUUCUAAUUCCGACACGGAAUCUGCGACCGGCAGUCGUAACUUAAAGCCCGCUCUUAAGACCUCCGCUCGCCGACAAACUCCCUCCCAGACGUCUUCCUCGUUCCAGUUCCCCGACACCGACGGCGGCGGCGGCGGGUGCGGGAGGGGAGGAAGCAGUGGGGGAGCGAGCAGCGCGGGGGGAAAGUCGGUGGUUUGGAAUGAGGAGGGUGGUUACACCGCAGGUGGUAACGGCGGUGACUGCUUCGGUGACGAUGGUGUUGAGUACGGUGGUGAGGGGGGGGUGCCUCCGCUGGUCGAUCGCACGCAAAGCGAGACGACUCGUCGGAGCAACCUUAGCGAUUCCGACUCUAAUCCACCCGAAGUGCGACGGACGAGGAGCGAUUUAAUAAGAGACGGCACCGGCAAAGGAACGGAUGCGAGUGCACGCAGCCGGUCGGGUCCGGAGAGAAGAGACGGACCGGCAGGUCGUGCUGACGGUCGCGGUAGUGUUGACGGCUAUGGAGGCUUUUCGCAGCAGGGCCCUUAUCAGGGUUCUACGCAUUACGACGAAGUUUCGUACGACCAAGAGCAGUACGGGGGGGGAGAAAUGAAUGGUUAUAAUGACGAGGGUUCGUAUAUUGAAGGCGGAGCGCAGCAGCUGGGAAUGGAGCAAGAGGAUUCGAUGCCGGUUCAGAAGGUGAAGCCGAAGACCAAGGUGAAAACGAAAACAAAGAAAGCUCAGCAGCAGCAGCAGCAGCAGCAGCAGCAGCAGCAGGCGCAGCAGGCGCAGAUGCAGCAGCAGGUGCAAGCUGUGUCAGACGAUUUUUCGCAGAUGGAUCCGUACUCCAAACCUAAUCGGGCUCAAUCGAAGGCGCACGCUGCUAAAGGGCCGCCGGGUGCCAGUGAAAUGGGUGGUCAUGGCAGUGCGCGGUUCAGCUACCAACCAUCGCCGCGGCAACCUCCGCUUCCGUCUCCCAUGGGGCAUGGUGGGGGGGGGGAAAGCUGGGGCAGCUACCAGCAGCAGCAACAGUACCAACUCCAGCAGCUGCAGCAGCAGCCGUACCAGCAGCCGCCUAUGCUCUCUCCGUCUUCCUCCUCCGACCACUCGGGGUUCCAGCUGCCGCCCAUGCCUUCCCUUCAACACAACAAGCAGCAGCAGCAGCAGGGGGGUGAUGGUGAUGGGUACGGGGGAGACAUGGGAUAUGCCGGCGGGUACUCCAGCGGCGGAAAUAGCUCUAUCUGGUCGCAGCAGCAGCAGCAGCAGCAGAUGGCCCACCAGCAGGUGCCCCAGCAGGCGUUAGGUCAGAGGGCGAGGAAGUCAGUGGACGCACACACAGCCGCAGCAGCGCAGCGGGCCAUAGCCGCCAGGAAAGCCCGCCAGAACGAGUUCGGCCCCCCCACUGCCCCUGCCGCCUCCGCCCGCUGCAGCUCCCCCCCCUCCCUUGACCCCCCGGGGACCUCCUGCGGGAGUGAUAUCGGUGUUAGUGUGGCGCGCGGGGCAGGUGGCGGGAUGGGCGGAGGGGGAGGGGGAGGCGGAGGCGGAGGAGGGGGGAGAGUGGGAGAGGGCGCGCAGCAACGGGUUGAGUGUGGGCGUGUGUUCCCUAACAGUUCGUCCAGUGAAGACGACCGGGCUCAGCCGGGCAUGGGAGAAGGCAACAUUGCUGCAGCCAGAGAAGGCCCCCCACUUACCGCCGCUGCUGCUGCUGCUGCCGCUGGAGGAGGGGCAGGAGGAGGGGGAGGAGGAGCGGGAGGAGGAGGAGUGGGGGGGGGUCUAUCGGUUAUGGUCGGCCGUCCGCCAUCCCCUCUAAGCACAAGGCGCCCCCCUUCGGGCUCCCCUGAGGCCUCUGGUAAGAGUAGUGUUAGCAAGAAACCGAAAGAGAAGGUGAAGAAGAAGAAGAAACAGCCAAAGGAAGGCACAGAGCAGCAGCAGCAGCAGCAGCAGCAGCGGCAGCAGCAGAUGCAGAUGCAAGGGUACGUGGAGGGUCAAGCAGGCAUGCAGUAUGGGGAGGGGGAGUAUGCGGGGGAGAGUGGAGAGUGGGAUAGUCAAGGGUCUUCUAACCAGCAGUUGAACUACGGGCAAGGAGGGGGUGAGUGUGGACAGGAAGUGGUGCGGCGUGAGUAUAAUGAGGAGGGUUAUGACGAUGAGUACGAUGGGAGGGGGAUGGGAUAUGAGGAGGAGAGGGGGAAUGGGGGAGGGAUGUGGGAGGAGCAGCGGGUGCAGAGCAGCCAGGGGAACAGGAACGGGAAUGUGAAUGGGAACGGGAACAGGAGCAUGGGGGUUGCAGGAGAGGGGUAUGGGCAUGGGGCUGGGAUGGGGGCUUCGAUGGGGGGUGGGUAUGGGAAUGGGAGUUGGAGCGGGGGUAACGAGGGUAUUGCGUUCCAAGGGCAAGGGUAUGGCCCGAUGACGCCUUCUGCUAGAUCACAAAUGGUGAUGCAGCAGCAGCAGCAGCAGCAGCAACAACAACAGCAACAACAGUUUCAGCAACUGCCUCCUCCUACUCCCAUGCAGCAACAGAUGCAGCAGCAGCAGCAGCAGUCGCUGCAAGCACAGCACAUGUAUCAGCUCUCCACCACGCCCCAUUUUGUGGGACCAGGAGGGAUGCCUGCAGGCCUGCAACAACAGCAGCAGUAUCAAUGGCAGCAGCAGCAGCAGCAGCAGCAGCAGCAGCAGCAGCAGCAGCAGCAGCAGCAGCAGCAGCAGCAGCAGCAGCAGCAGCAGCAGCAGCAGCAGCAGGCAAUGAUGCAACAGGGGAUGCAGCAAGAGCAGCCGCAGUGGCAACAGGAACAGCUACAGCAGCAGAUGCAGCAGCAGCAGCCGCUGCAGUCCCAGCGCUCCCUCUCUGCCACACCCCGUGGCAGCAGGCUUUUGGAAACAGCAAGCAGGGGCGGAGGGAGCUUCAACGAGCACCAGAACAGUAGCAGCAGCAACAUGAAUGAGAGCUACCAAGGGGCAGCAGCAGCAGCGCAGCAGCAGGUGCCGAGGGGUGUGAGGCGCGUGCAGUCGAACAAGGAGGCAGGUGGGUCCCGUGUCGUUGCUGCUCCUAUGACGCCAGGCGGUGUUCCUUUGGGGGGGUUCGGGCAGGCUCCAUUUGGGCAGUCUGCAUUUGGGCAGGCUGGAUCCGGACAGACUGGAUUCGGCCAGGUUGGAUCCGGGCAGGUAGGAUUCGGGCAGGCUGGGUUUGGUGGUGCAGCAGGCAGCGAGGGGGGAGGAGGAGGAGGAGGAGGAGGAGGAGGAGGAGGAGGAGGAGGAGGAGGAGGAGGAGGAGGAGGAGGAGGAGGAGGAGGAGGAGGAGUAGGGGUAGGGGUGUCAAACACUGGAGCGGCAUUCCGACGCAUGGGGUCGGCAAGAAUGCCGAAAUCUGGUUCCAUCAGUAGUGUCAAUGGCGGUGGCGGUGCUGCUGCUGCUGCUUCUGUGGGUGCUGGGGCCAUACCAGGAACGCCGCUAGCCGCUGGAGGAGUGGGGAGCGCAUCGUUCCGCCGGAGGGCAGGGGAGGCUCCAGGUGCUGGUGCUGGCACGGCAGGGGGCGAGGAGCAGAGGACGAUGCGUCGGAGCUCGACAGGGGAGCAGCAGUACCGGAGGAAGAUCUGGGUGAACGGGAAGGCCGUGCCCGACCAGCGCAUCGUGCAGGCGGAGCAGAGGAUCGGACCCAUUGACCCCGGGAAAUACUGGUACGACGUGCGAGCUGGCUUCUGGGGAGUUGUGGGAGGCCCCUCCCUGGGAGUGUUGCCGGCCUUCAUGCACGAGUUUGGCCACCACCCGAUGGACAAGGACUGCUCGGGGGCGGGUGGCAAGACGCGCGUGUAUGUGAACGGGCGUGAGGUGCCGAAGAAGGAGCUGACGGCGCUCACCAAGAGGGGCCUGCUGCACCUGCCGGGGGCGAAUUACACGCUUGAGGCGGACGGCACCGUGGUGGACAACGUGUCGGGCAAGGCCAUGCGGUCAAUAGGCAACCUAAUGGAUGAGAAGAAUGAAAAGAAGCGUGCAACGGGCAUGUUCAAUAAGGCGGGGUGAGCAGUGAGCACUCAUGCUGCUGCUGCUGCUGCCGCUGCUGGUGCCACUGCGGGUGCUGCUGCUGGGGUGACGAGCCUUGAGCUGGCUGGGAGUGGGAGGUACAUGUACAUACCGUACCUCUCAUGUGCCAUCAUGCUUCUUGAGGCUCCUCCUGGGCCUGGGGCACUUCUACUCCAGAACAGCAGCUGCACAGUAGAGGGAGCAUGCAAGGCAAUGUAAGGAAGGCAGCCCCACCCCAGCAUCUUGCUACUACUAAACCUUAGAUUUCUGACGGGCUGCCUGCCUGCCUAGUGUCCAUGCGAUGGCGACUAAAGUGGUUCUCAUGCUUUUGAUUCUUGCAUUGAGUAGUGAUGGAUAAAGGGGGUAAGAACCACUCUAGUAAUCCGAAAUGAAAUAUGCCAACGAGA